GCGUCAGCCAAGACGAAUUUCAAAAACUCGCCCGGCAUGAUUGUUGUGUUUUAUGGCUGAGCUGCAGAGCGUCCGUUUUUUUUAGGUGUUUUGUUUUUACUGGACGGUCAGAAGACGUUUUUAUUCGUACGUUUUAAAAAAAAUAAAAUUAAGAUACCAUGGAGUCUCGAUUUGCUCACCUGCGCCAGCGGGACACCAGCGUGUCUAUGCUGAGGGUCAAACUGUCCCGCAGAAGGUCUCAGUCCCAGAAGGAGAAUCGAGACCGGGCCGUGAACACUCGCAGGCAGCUGGACAAGGUCCCGGAGAUGGACAUCUCUUCCCUGGAUGCCUCCAUCGCGAUGGCCAACAUGUCAACCAUCAAGGAGAGAACCCAGAACAACGCAAAAAGUAUGGCAGUAGAAGAGAGGUUGAAACAGCUUGAGCGCUGGAAGGAGCGCAAGGCUCUUGAGAAGGAGAAGGAAAAGAGAGAAAAGGAGCGCAAGGGCGUAUUCAAGGUUGGCUUGUAUCACCAUACUGAUACCCGUGCCACUGUCGUCUCGGCUGCCCCAAAAAGAGCUAAGGAGACAAAAGUGAACACUGCUCUGUCCCUGAGUACCAGAGUCACCCGUUCAAUGAAACAACCGCAGCAGCCUCUGAAGAAACAAGACCCAAAUACUGUGGCAAAGAAAGCUCAACCUGCUGUGGAAAGAUCUCUCAGGACCCGAGUAGCUCCUGUCAAGCCUGCACCAGCAACAAUCUCAACCAAGACCAAAGUUUGUGCCGUGGAGCCUACAGUACGAACUCUGUCGACCAGAUCAGCCAACAGGCCUCCUGUUACAACAGUUCCUGCGGUGAAAGACAAACCAAAGGACAAGGCUGCAGUUGCAAGAACCACAAGGAGCAGAGCCAUUGCUGACUCUGUGGGGCCACCCUCUGGCAAAGAAAGAAACUGCAAAGCUACUGUCAACGACACCACCCAGCCUCCUUUCCCCAAGGAGCCUGAGCUGAAGGAGCCACAGGAAAUACUUCACCCCUCCAGUUCAGAGGAGGAAGAAAUGGUGGUGGACCCAGAGGCGUCUGACUCUGUCCCUGCUGUGGACCCCGUUGAGGCUCCACCUUUGUCUUCAUUUGCUCCAAAGGGUUUUGUCUUCCAGGCUCCCGUUGGCUUGUUGUCUUUAAAGUUCCAGCCUCUCACUCCUCGCUCAGCAGACGCCUUCCUUACGCCAAGUUCCAGCUUCAAUGUUCCACCAGUUCCCUUGUUCAAUUUCAAUGACGAUCCUCAGGCUGAACCAAGCGAACUCUCUCCCCCCAAGUCCCCUCACGGCUCCCCACCCCAUACAUCUCCCACAGUUGCUCCUCCACCUACAGGAAGCCCUAUGGAAUCAAACCAUGAUGUACCAUACUUCAGAUCAGAAAUAUCAAGUGAGACAGACCAACUCACGACUCUGUCUUUCCACUGGGAGUCCAAAGUGGAGGAUGAGUCCAUCCCAGAAGAGAUGAGAGACCGUAUGCGUACAGCAGUCGGCCAGGCGAGGCUGCUGAUGAAGCAGCGUUUCAACCAGUUCAGUGGUCUGGUGGACGACUGUGAGCUGGGCCGAGGAGAGAAGAUCACCACCUGCACUGAUCUGCAGGGAUUCUGGGACAUGGUUUAUUACCAGGUAGAGGACGUGAAAAAGAAGUUUGACGCCCUGAAAGAAGCAGAGGGCCGAGACUGGGUGGAGGAGCACAAGCCCCAACCACGACAGAGGAAAGCCCUGAAGAAACCAUCAACUGUAACCGCCAAGCCGACAGGAACCAAAGCAGCAUCCAAGUCUCGCCUGGCUGCCGUGAAAGCAGCCAUGAAAGCCAGACAGCAGGCAGCCGAGGCAGAGAAAGCAGCAACGGAUGCUGGUAAAAGUGAGGAAGACAAAGACGGCCCGAACUGUCAUGAUCCACAACCCCAGGCAGAGUCCCAAAUACCAGACACCGUGGUCUUUGACGGGGGCUUCUUCCAGGUGGAGAGUCCAGCCAAACAAGCUUCAGUGAGGAGAUCAAGCCGUCUGAGUGCUGCUGUGCAAUCUCAGGCGUCUCCCUGUUCCAAGUACCUCACACCUCGAAGAGCCACCCGGCGAUCCCAUGCAUUGGCACAGACCCCCACUCAGACCGUUGCCUCUCCCACCCAGCCCAUCCUCACUCCUGCCCUCAUGCGCCUUACCCUCGAUCAAACACCAAAGUCUCGGCAUGGCACUCCUCAGUCAUCCCAGGGGAGAAAGGACACUGUGAAUGUCUCUCUUUGUUUCUCACCUGUCAAGAUAGUGCUUCCAGACGACACCCAGUCCGAGGGAAGCCCUGCACAACAGGCCGAGACAGUCCCCACACAGGAAAAACCUGCCUCUGUUCCUGAACCAAGCACAGACCUACCUAUACAUUCACUUCCAUCCAUUUCUGCAGUCGAGGAGCCUGAUGAAGAUGUGGACGAUGUCCUCCCAGUCUCUCCGAGACUCUCCCCAUCUCCCUGCAAAAUGCCCCCUCCUGUCUCCCAGGCCCCUGAGCCCUCAUCAUCUCUGAGUUUCACGCUGUCACCCUGUGCGAGUCCCAUCCCCUCCCCUCCUCCUGCUGGGCAGGGACACAUGGAGGCCCAAGAGUCAGUGUGUUGCACACCAGACACCUCAGUAGUCGAGGAAAUUCCCGGGUUGGACUUUGAGCGUUACCUUCUGCCGUCACAGAGAUGCAGCCUGUCACCAAGGGAGACCGUUGCCAGAGAGACAUUGUCACCCAUGGCGGUGGAUAUUGAGAUGGAGAGUCCCAGAGGUCAAUCUGAGGAUCUGCUCACUCAACAAGAACCAGCACUGCCAGCGGUGCCUUCACUGUUAACUCUUCAGUCACCACAGGUCCAGAGUCCGGCAGCUGAGUCUGGCCUGCUUCUUUUCACCCCAGACCUGAAGGACCGGAUACGCCAGUCUGUUUGUCCAAGUGACCUCAUGGUCUUCACCCCUCCCUCUAAUAUGUAGCAAAGAGUCUUUCUUCUAUAUAUUUUUGACUUUUACAAGUAUCGAUUAGUUUUGUUACUCCCGUUUGAGGGGAAAAGAGUAUCUGAUUUUGACAUUUAUUUUUUAGAUUAAUGCAAAACAGUUUUGUCUUAUAAGAUGGUUUAAUUAAAGUUUGAUUUAAAACAAAA